AUGAGCCAGAUUCCAGUUGUCGACUUUGCGCCGUUCCGCAGAGGAAGCGCAGAGGAUGCAAAGGCCACAGGUAAGAAGAUCUUCGAGGCCUUUCGAGAUGUUGGGUUCGUCUACCUGAAGAACCACGGCGUCCCACAGGAGGUUGUCGAUGAGGCGUUUUCGUGGAGCAAAAAACUGUUCGAUCUUCCACAGUCUGAGAAGGAAAAAGCGCCUCACCCGCCAGAGGGAUGGUGGCAUCGAGGCUACUCAGGCGUAGGUCGUGAAAAGUUGAGCCAGAUGGUGUUCGACAGAGACGCCGUUGGUGAGCUCCGCAAGAUCCCUGACGUUAAGGAGUCGUUCGAGAUGGGGCGAGAGGAUGACGAGAGCAUUCCCAACAUCUGGCUGCCAGAGUCAACCAUCCCUGGGUUCCGCGCGUUCUUCAACAGCUUUUACGAGAUCAACCAUGGCGUUGGACAGGAGAUCUUGUGCGCGGUGGCGAUAGGGAUGGGGCUGGAAAGAGACUUUUUCGAAUCAUACCACACGAUGAAAGACAACCAAAUCAGGCUGCUUCACUACCCGCCCGUGGAAGAGGAGAUGCUUCUUCAGGGCAAAAAGGAGCGCAUAGCAGCUCACACUGACUUUGCCACAAUGACUCUCCUUUUUCAAGACGAUGUUGGUGGGCUGGAAGUCGAAGAUGUCCACCAAAAAGGGGUGUUUAAUCCUGUCCCAUACAUCCCCGGCACCAUCGUGGUAAACAUCGGAGACUUCCUGAUGAGGUGGAGUAAUGAUACCCUUCGGUCGACGAUGCACCGCGUUCGAGCUCCGCCGGCAGCAAAGGUGGAUGGUAACGGCAAGGAAGAGGAUGAAGGCUCUAGUGCUCAACGAAUGAGUCGGGCCCGAUAUUCGAUUCCCUAUUUCAUUGCUGCGAAUAAGGAGAAGGUGAUUGAUUGUCUACCUGGCUGCUAUGGCCCGGAGAGGCCCAAGAAGUAUAAACCAAUUACUUCGGGCGAGUAUGUUGCCAUGAGGCUGAAUGCCAUCUCUUAA